AUGUCCCGUCUGUCUCUAACGCGUUCACCGGUCUCCCCGUUGGCUUCGCAAGGAAUUCCUCUCCCUGCCCAACUCACCAAAUCCAACGCACCUGUCCACAUUGACGUAGGGGGGCAUAUGUACACGAGCAGCCUAGCUACCCUGACGAAGUACCCGGACUCCAGAAUAAGUCGUCUUUUUAAUGGUACAGAACCCAUCGUGUUGGACAGUUUAAAACAGCACUACUUCAUUGAUCGGGACGGGGAGAUUUUCCGCUAUAUCUUAAGUUUUCUACGGACCUCUAAGCUGCUGCUUCCAGAAGAUUUUAAGGAAUUUAACCUGUUGUAUGAAGAAGCCAAAUACUACCAGCUGCACCCAAUGGUGAAGGAACUUGAGCGAUGGAAACAGGACAAGGAGCACCGGAAACACUUUCAGCCUUGUGACUGUCUCGUGGUGCGGGUGACUCCAGACCUUGGCGAGAGGAUCGCACUAAGUGGGGAAAAGGCAUUAAUAGAGGAGAUAUUUCCAGAGACCGGCGAUGUCAUGUGUAACUCGGUAAAUGCUGGAUGGAACCAAGACCCUACCCAUGUCAUCAGGUUUCCAUUAAACGGCUAUUGCAGAUUAAACUCCGUUCAGGUGCUCGAAAGACUGUUUCAAAAGGGAUUCCAUGUGGCAGCCUCAUGCGGUGGCGGAGUUGACUCCUCACAGUUUAGCGAAUACGUACUGUGCCGGGAGGACAGGCGGGUGCAGCCAAACACAAUGAGGAUAAAACAGGAGCCUCUGGACUGA